AUGGAACUUAACGGCUUUCAAAGGUUGACUGUAGAAAAAGAAGGCUUAACUAACUAUGGUCAAGUCCUCUCAAGUGCGUGCGAAACUACGGCUACUUGUUACAACAGUUAUUACAUUGGAAGCUUUGAAAUCAUAGUUUUCAAUUUUUUAGUAAGUUGUAAACUAGAGUGUAAAUUUACAAGAUGUUAA